AAUCUUAGUAACGUUAGCGCUUCGAUGUCUUCAAAUAACGUGGCGACCGGUUGUGAUCAAGAGAACUUUAUUCCACAACUACCACAACCUCAAUACAAAACCUCAAAGGGUGGUAACCCUGUUCCAAGUUUUGAGUAUCUGUCAUAUGAUAGAGUGCAAGACCUAUAUGAGCAAAAUAAAGGCACUUUAUAUUUUAUCCCUGAAGGGUUCGAACCUGUCUUAGUUCCUAAUGAUGCUAAAGCUACAUCCGUAACAAAUUUAUUGGAAAAUGCGAAACCAGUAUCUGCUGCUCCUAACGUUCCAAGGAUGCUUCCUGAUACUGAUGUUCGACUACCUUCUUUCGCUCUUCCAUGCGGUGUUGCUGGUCCUACUCCAAAAACCACUUCUACUAACUCGAAAACAAAAAUUAAAAAGCCUCCGAGACCCCCAAAUGCUUUUAUCCUUUACAGAAGAGCGAAGCAACCUGGAAUAGUUGCUAAAAAUCAAGGAAUUACUAAUAAUGAAGUCUCUAAAGAAAUCGGUAGAAUGUGGCAUGAGGAACCUCAAGAGAUUCGUUCAAAGUUUCAAAAAAUGGCUGAUGCAGCCAAACAGGAACAUAUGAAAAAAUAUCCUGAGUAUAGAUACAGACCACGAAGACCCCAAGAAAGAAAGCGCAGAAUUCAACCACGUGAAGACUCACCAUCAGCUCAAGGGUCUACACCAACAUUGCCUUCACAAAAUUUGUCUAUGAUUGACGCCUCAGCGUUCUUCCCAAGGCGCGUUUCCUCAAUAUCUACUGAUGGUGAAAAUUCAGAAAUAUUUACUCCAACCACCAU